AUGGUCGCGCUGAAACGGUACUUGAGUCUGGUCGCCCAAACCGACGAUGGGUCGGCCGAUCGCGCAUUCCUUGUUUCCAAGAUCCUCGUCACCAUGCGCAAAGCUAACUCUUCGCGGAUCGAGUCAAUCAAAUCCUUAAAUAUGGUUAUACUCGCUUAUCUUACAGCAAACACGUUCCUCUUAAGCGUCUUUAUGCCUCUUUUGUGCAUAUCCUGGUGUGAUCUGAAAGUGAAGGCGGAGUUUCUGGCGGCAAAGUUACAACAAGAGGGCAACGAAAGCUCGGACGAACUAGCUGAGCUCAUGGAGACCACGCAAGAUGCGCGAGCAACACUCCUGUACCGCUCGCUCUCAGUCUUCUUCGGCUUAGCAUCGUGCGCGCCAGGCACGUGUUGGGAACUUUACUAUAGCCACAAAGCUUUCUCCAGCGAGUAUACCUAUUAUCGAGUGGUUAGCGCUUUCUUAUCGCAGGGGGUAAUCUCUAUCUUUUUGAACAUAAGACUACAAGCCAAGCAACAGGCCGAUCCAAGAAGACUACGAGUGACGGGCCACGGCCAAGGCCGGGUAUUCGGGCCCUCGAUUCCAUUGCAUUCGCCCACUGAAACGCUGGAAAUUCACGAAAAACCUGAAAUUAUUCAGUCGUGUUAUUAG